UUAUCGGAUAAUCGAUAAGCAGAGUCAGCUGUUUUCCGUUCUAUCGUCUUGCUUGCACAACAACUUCUGCGGCAUAACUCCAUUAUUUUACUGCAUUAUCCCAAUAUACUGAAUCAAAAUGCGCCUGACGAACGUUUUAUUCAAGAAGGUUAAGAGCAAGCGAAUCAUGGUCGUGCUGGAAAGUGUGGUCAGUGGACAUCAGUAUAAUGCUUUUCGCGAUCGUUUGGCCGACAAAUUGGAGAUAAUACGGUUCGAUCCGUACAUUCAACAGGAUAGCCUUUAUCGCGAACGCAAGAAAAUCCGCAGCGCGUAAGAAACCAUUUUUUGUUAGUGAAGAAAUUAAAGUUAAAACCAUCAAAAAAAUCAAA